UCCCCCGCCCUCUUCCUCGCCUUCCCCGCUGGAGCGAUGCCCGCUUGCUCGCUGCCUGCCCAGCCGCAGUGAGCAGUCUGGCUAGCUUGGGAGCAGCCUUUGUCUCUCGCCGCCUGCCUCGCAAGCGCUCGCUCUCUCGCCGCCGCCGCCGCCACUAUGAAGGUUUUGGGACAUAAGAUAGAAUUGCUGACAGGACUUUUGCUGCAGGAAGUGACCAUGGCUGGCCUGCAUGAGCAGCGAUUUACAGAAGAGAAGCCACUGCUUCGGGGGCAGGACACUGAGCUGGAGAAUUCAGAUACUUUCCUCUCUGCAGUGAACACAGACUGGAAGGAGCACGAUAUCGAGACUCCAUAUGGGCUGCUGCAUGUCGUCAUUCGGGGGUCCCCGAAGGGAAAUCGCCCGGCUCUCCUGACGUACCAUGAUGUGGGACUCAAUCACAAGCUUUGCUUCAACACUUUCUUCAACUUUGAGGAUAUGCAAGAGAUCACCAAGCACUUUGUCGUCUGCCAUGUGGAUGCUCCUGGGCAGCAGGCGGGGGCCUCACAGUUCCCUCAGGGGUACCAGUAUCCUUCCAUGGACCAGUUAGCUGCCAUGCUGCCCAGUGUCGUCCAGCACUUUGGGUUCAAGUGUGUGAUCGGGAUUGGUGUGGGAGCAGGCGCCUAUGUCCUUGCCAAGUUUGCUCUGAUCUUCCCAGAUCUGGUUGAAGGCCUUGUUCUGGUCAAUGUGGACCCCAAUGGCAAAGGUUGGAUUGACUGGGCAGCCACCAAGCUCUCUGGCCUGACUAGCACAUUGCCUGACACAGUUCUGACUCACCUGUUCAGCCAGGAAGAGCUGGUGGGGAACACAGAGCUUGUGCAAAGCUAUCGGCAGCAGAUCAGCAGCAUGGUGAACCAGUACAACCUCCAGCUCUUCUGGAACAUGUACAACAGUCGCAGAGACCUGGACAUUAACCGACCUGGGAGCAUCCCGAACGCCAAGACACUCCGCUGCCCAGUGAUGCUGGUGGUGGGUGAUAAUGCACCGGCCGAAGAUGGCGUGGUUGAAUGCAACUCCAAACUGGAUCCAACCACCACCACUUUCCUGAAGAUGGCUGAUUCUGGUGGGCUCCCUCAAGUCACACAGCCUGGAAAACUGACGGAAGCAUUCAAGUACUUCCUUCAAGGGAUGGGCUACAUUGCCUACCUGAAGGACCGAAGGCUGAGUGGAGGAUCAGUGCCCUCUGCCAGUAUGACGCGCCUGGCCCGCUCCCGCACGGCUUCCCUCACCAGCGCCAGCUCUGUGGAGGGCGGGGGCAACCGCCCAAGAGCCUGCACCCACUCGGAGAGCAGCGAGGCCAUGGGGCAGAUCAACCAUACCAUGGAGGUGUCCUGCUGAGCGCCUCCACCUUACUCCUCCUCGCCGUCUUCUUCACGGGUGACCUCGAGGGCCCACUCAUCCAGCCACUCUCCAGCUGGCUCCAUCCCCUGCGGCUUCCUGUGGCUUUAAUUUCUUUUGCCGUCUUUCUUUUCCUUUCACAUUACGGAAUACUAAGUUGGGAGGGGGGCAUAGGGAGAGUGGGAAGCAGCAGCAGUAGCAGCAGCUUGAUGUCAACAGCCACCUCCACCCAUAGGCCCAGGUACCAUUUUGAACCAGGGAGAUUCCCUUGGGUUGGUUUCUAGCUGGCUUGGAAGUGGCAAGCAUGUCCCUCUGCACAGCUUGAGGCAAGGCGAGCAGGAGGGAUGUUUUACACCUGCCUAGCCCAGGUGCCUCUUCUCCAGAAAAGCCUAUAACCCAGUGAGUCAGAAGGGGGAGAGUGUUCUCGUGGGCCCUUCGCCUUAGAUGCCCAACUAUUAAUCCACAAUGCACCCAUGCAGUGGUUUACUUACUUUAUUUAUUUUCAGACACUUAUAUCCCUCCUUUUCCUCCAAUGAGCUGAAGGUGGCAUACAUGGUUCACCCCUCCUCAUUUCAUCCCCACAACAACCCUGUGAAGUAGGCUAGUUGAGAGAGGCAGUGACUGGCCCAAGGUCCUCGCCUGACACUCCAACCACUUUACAGCACUGGUUCAGGAUGGAGGGAUAUUGCAACCUUGAAGGCAAAUGCCUCUUAGUUUCUACCCUUCUCUUUGGCCUUGGAGCACAGGCUUUUUAGUUCCACAGCUUUGGAAAGCCUUUUUGGUGGUUGACUCUUUUGCUGGCAGGUUUUGUUGGGAAGACAAUGGAAAUUGGGGCUUGACUGGAUAGCAACAUGCACAUAGAGUCAAGCCGUUUCUCCAGCUGCUGUAGAAAACCAUCCAGGGGCUCCUAUUGCAUUACAGCAUUUCCUUCCCCUACAUGUAAAGUCAGUCAAAAGCAGGAAGUGAGAAGUUGUGCCCCCCCCCCAUACAAGGAAUGAGCAGCUGGACUUUCCAAGCAUAAGGGGUAGGGAAAGGUUAUAGUUGGUUUUAGGAUUUGUUUGGGGUUUCCUCAAGCCUUUUAACCAGUGCUAUAAAUGGCCUUUGGGUAAAACUUGUUGCAAUAUAAGCUGCCCCCACUACCAUCGCUUAUUAUUUUUUUAAAAAAAGACAAUCAGUGGCAGGAAUCAAAAACACAAGGGCACAUUUACGCAUGUUUAGACCAUGCUAACCCUUGUGGCUUUCCUCUCAGGAAUCAUAGAUUCUUGAUACUCUUGCCCAAUAACUAACUAUCCCCAGGAUCCUUCCCUUGAAGGAAACCCCUCUAGAAAGCAGUGCUGGGUUGUGCAUAUGCCUUUGGGCUCAGCAGGAAUAAGUAGCAGAAGCUUAUCCAGCCUCAAGGAGGGAAAACAGGGCCCAGGAACAUGAGGGCAUUUAUUUAGUUAUUUAAAAUAUUUGUUUCCUGUUCUUGGUCAACAGUCCCAGAGCAGAGUACAUGAACUAUUUUAAAACACAGCACAGAAAAUAAAAACAUAUAAAAAUAUUCCCAACUAGGCAGGCCCUUGGGGUGUCAUACUCCAGCCCCUACUGUCCAGGAUCAGCUCCUCGUUGUAUUUGCAAGUUUUGAGGAGAAAGGCUUGUGUUGAUGGGGAUAAAGAGCUUCCUCCCCCAAAACAGCCCCAUAGGGGACUGGUCACAUCUCCUCCAUGGUACCACCUGUAUGAAAAAACAGGUAGGCUCUUGGAAGGUCCUGAUCCCGAAGUUUUGUCUGUGGCCCCCUCUGCUCCUCAAGGAUGUGAUGGAUCAUGUGAAGGUGCUGGGAUAUCUGCCCCUAGACUGUGCCUGUCCACAUUCGAUGCUGUAUCUACUGAAGUUCUACUCUGAGUAGAACUAGCACUGGAUAAGAGGCCAUUGUUCUAAUUGACCCAUACCGGUUGUUAAUUUAUUGAGGUCUUUCCAUUUCAAUUCAUCUCAGAACCCCUUUCAGAGUUUUGGGGAGGAACAGUUAGCAAGAAUUUGCCUUCGCAUUUCUCCUCAAGUUCCGCACAUUCAUGCCUUUGAAGCGGCCACUCUCCCUACUCGCUCUGCAUUACUGUAAGCCUGCUAUUGACGUGAAACCAGAAAGGCUCUUGUCCAUGCCACUCUGGGUUCCAAAGGAGCCAAUAUACCUUCCAUUUCCUUUCCCCAAACAGCUGCUGGACCACCCAGCCAAUUGUUCUUGCUGAAUCCCAAAUGCAUCCUUACCGUGUCCUGAUCUCAUGUCAGACACUCAGUUCUUUUUACUGAUGAAACACCACACGCACCCACCCACCCACAUCACCAAUCUUGCGCGUCACUGCGUUUCCACGCAAGCAAAGAGCUUGAAGUGGGGUUUGGCCCAAAGAGCAACAAGCAGCUUGCGAGGAGGUCUGUCUCGCCUCUCUGCUACUCUGCAGGCUUUGCACCUGACUUUCUCGCUCCUGACAGUGCGCACGUCAAGGGGUAUAUAUGUGUGCGUAGCCAGGCAUCUUUGCAUUUAAAUGGUUUGAUGUUGCCACAACCAGUCCAGACACACUCUCUGUUUGAUGUAAUCCUCUAAUCUCAGACUCUUUUAUUCUGUGUGCUUCCUUCUGAACUUUAAAUAUGAAUGACUGAAGGCUACCAGGACCCUCUUUUACUGUAGAUCAGCUUUUGCCAACC